AUGAAUAUGUUGGAUGAUGAAGAUGACCAAAGCUUUCACGCUACGCGUGACGGCUACUCCCAUUUGAGCGAUGUCGAAUGGGAUGCGGUUGAACGGAUGGGUUCAACCAUGGGCAUCCAUGCUGUUAUCUUCAUGCUAGAGGCUCUCAAUAGAGAUGCCCAACAUGCUACUAUCGCCAAGUUCAUUCAAAAUGAACUUGACGCUGUACGCGAGAAAGCAGUCUUGCUUCACCAACAAGGUUCUCAACAAGCAGAGUUGUUGAGAGAACAGGGUGCUCAACAGAUUGAACUGUUGAGACAGCAGCAGGCUGCUGCUGGCGGGUCGAUGCACUCGCGUCGGCCCGAGACUUUGAAGAUUGACAUCUCAAAGUAUAGGGGGGUCGAAGAAGACUCCCUCUUGAGAUGGUUCGUCGAAUUGGAUGACGCCAUAAGGGCGCGUCGCAUCGACGACGGGGAUAUUCAAGUUGCAUUUGCCCAGUCAAAUCUGGCAGGACGUGCCAAGACUUGGGCACUGGGGCUCAAGUUGCACGACCCAUAUGCGUUUGGGUCGUUGGAAGUCUUCAAGUCGCGGCUCAGACAAACGUUUGAACCGCCUAGAGCUGAGUUCAGAGCUCGAACCGAACUCUUGAAGCUCAAGCAGAGUAAGCGUGAUGUGCACGCUUACGCUCAACAUAUACGACAUCUCACGAGUUGUAUAAGUUCCAAUCCGGUGGAUGAACACACGUUGGUUUCGGUGUUCAUGCAGGGUCUUGCGGACGGUCCCGUCAAGACUCACCUGUUCCGGCUUGAACUAGAUUCACUAGAACAAGCCAUUUCCAUUGCGGAGCAGGAAGACUUCAGUCUGAGACAGGCUCGCGCCAGCUCGACAUCAUAUCGUCAACCGAGACGAUAUGACAACGGAGGUCCAGAGCCGAUGGAACUCUGUUAUGUAGAGAGCGAGAAGACUCGCUCUACAGGCUACAAGAAGUUGCAGAGAUGCAACAGAUGUCAAAAGACAGGACACUACGCUUACGAGUGUAGUGCCCCUCGUCCAGUGUCUCGCGACACUGGGCGUAGUGACCGUCCACCCAUGAGAAAGGGGCAGGGACGCGGGUCCGCAGUUGGUGCAAAGACGCAACAACGGGAUGGACCGUCAAAAAACGGACAGGAUCAGUAG